AAAUGCGGCGGUGCAAACACCUUGUAGGCUAGGGACGUCCUGAACAUGUGUAGAUAACUCGAUACACCCUGAAAGGAUGCUCGGACGCCGAGCGCGCCGACGAGGAGCCUGCCGCAGCCAUGCAUUAUCCAUCUUGCUGGUUCUGGUGGCUUACGUCGCGGCGCAGUACCAGGCUCCAGUCUCCUGCCCCCAGCCGGCCGGUUACACCUUCCUCCGCCUGCACGGCAGCGCCGAGCGCAACCUGGGCCGAGUGGCCCGGCCGCCCAGCACCUCGGCAGCCGCCUGGACUGCAUACCUGGCCUUCGUGUGCUCGGGCCUGUCAGCCUGCACGGGUUUCAGCAGCGCGGGCUGGCUCAAGGCGGAGCGGGCGGGCUUCGGCCAGGUCGGCGGCCGCUGGUACGCGCUCAGCAGCUGGGAGGUCGUGGACGACCCGGCGGGGCCGUGCGCCGGCAUGUACGUGCGGCACGGCUGGGAGCGCGGCGGCUGCCCGCAGGCAUCUGGGUUCUUCUUCCUGGAGGGCAAGGACAGCAGCGGCGGUGACCUGGUGGCUCCGCAGCCGGCGGGGCGGCCCAGCCUGGCGCCCACGUCGGCGGGCCGCGUGGCGGGCUGGGCGGCGGAGUGCGAGGGACGUGGCAGCUGCCUGGCGUUCAACUCGUUCGGCGUGCUGCGGGCCAGCCUCACGACCUACCAGAACCUGGAGGACAUAGACCCGGCCCUGGUGUCCGGCUACGGCGACUGCCUGGGGCUGUACGUGAGGAUCCCGCAGCCGCUGCCGGCGCCGGCCUUCCGGCCGCCGAUGUCUCGCUCCAACACGUCCGUGGAGCUGCCGGUGUUUGCCAACGCCAACUACCGCCCGCUGGCGCCCGACUUCCGGGUGCCGGCGGACUGGACUAGCGGCAGCAACUGGCUGGAGCUGUCGUUUGAGGGCACCUACCUGCCCAGCUCGGCGGCGCUGCCUGCCGACCUGGGCAUCCUGGAGCUGGCGCAGAGCCGCAACGUGUUCACCAACGCGGUGCCGCUGUGGCUCACGGGCCCGGACGGCAGCCGCCUGGUGCGGGUCACCUGGUACCUGCCCAACGUGGACCUGUCGCCGAACGGACUGGCGCGCAUCCGCAUCCGCACGCCCUACGCCGGCUGGUCGGGGCUGCGCUUCACUGUGGCCUUCACCUGGCGCUCACCAGCACCGCCGCCCGCACCGCCGACUCCGCCGCCGCUGCCGCCCGUGCCCGGCAUGCCGCCGCCUCCGCCAUCGCCGGAGCCGCCGGCACCGCCGCCGCCGGUGCCGCCCACGCUGCCGCCGGCCAACCCGCCACCGUGGCUGAACGACGACGUGGAGCCGUCGCCGCCACCUCCGCCCGGCUUGCCGCCGCCGCCUGCGCCGCCGUCUCCGCCCUCGCCGCCGGGGCUGCCGCCGUCGCCGCAGCCCCUGCAGCGCACCUCGCGCUCCUCCUCGGCGGCACCGGUCACGCUGCCGCCGCUGUUCGGCAGCCGCAGCGCGGUGCUGGUGGCGCUGCCGCUGCCGGCGGGCUGGCGGUCGGACGACUCACGGCUGGUGGUGUCGUGGGCGGCCGCGGCCUACGUGCCCACCGCCAACGCCACCACCAGCCCUGGGCCGGGGCCUGCCUGGGGCGCGAUGGGGGCCUACGGCCAGUUCCUGUUCACAGAAGAGCGAUAUGCGCCUGCGCCGCCGCCCUCGCCGGCGCCGCCCUCGCCUGUGCCGCCGUCUCCUGCGCCGCCCUCGCCGGAUCCGCCCUCACCGCAGCCGCCCAGUCCCGCUCCGCCGCCCAGCCCGCCCGGCCUGCCGCGGCCGCCGCCGGACGUGCCUGCUGUCGUCACGUCCGCCCGCCGGCAGCGACGCGCGCGAGAGCUGCUGCAGGGCGCAGCCGCCGUGCCUCCGGCCGGCCCUACGCCGCCACUGCCGCCUCCUCCUCCCUCCCCGCCUCCCUCCCCGCCUCCCUCGCCACCUCCACCCCCACCCCUGCCCGCCUUCACGGUGCUUAGCUACACCUACACGCUGCCCAUUGAGGCCACUUCGGGCUCAGUGCUGUUGGUGAACCCGCCCCUAGCGGCCGGCAGCCGCCUGACACUGGCGGUGCGGACUUGGAACGGGGGCUGGAACGCCCUCACUGCCAACCUGACGGCGGAAUGGCGGCCAGCGGCGCCGCCGGAUCCGGGAACGGCGGCGCUGCCGCCGGCGGCGCCAGGUGGCGACCCAUCAGCGGGACCGCUGCAGCGGCUGCCCAACAUGCCCAACUUUCCACUGCUGCCCUUCCCGCCGUCGCCCCGGCCGCCGUCACCACGCCCGCCACGCCCACCGUCGCCUGCACCGCCCUCGCCGCGGCCGCCCGUGCCGCCCUCACCGCAGCCCCCCAGCCCAGCGCCGCCCUCGCCCCCGCCCUCACCGGCGCCGCCCUCGCCGCCUCUGCCGCCUUCGCCGGAGCCCUCUCCGCCGCCCUUGCCCCCGCUUCCUCGUGCACCCCAGGCUCCCUCGCCGCCCUCGCCCUCGCCACCCCGGGUCCCGCCACCCGCAGCACCCAUGCCUCCCUCGCCUCCCGCUCCGCCAACACCUCCCUCACCCCCCGCACCGCCGCGCCCACCCUCCCCAUCGCCGCCCUCGCCCUCUCCGCCCUCGCCACCUGCGCCCCCGCCUCCGCCUCCUUCCCCUCCACCACCACCCGCCGCCUCCCCACCCUCUGGUGCUCCCAUCAUCAACCCUAGCCCUGAAAUAGGGAACGCCAAACCGCCCCCUGCGGCCGUUCCAUUUAGCCCUUCCUCUCCAAAUGAGGAGGUCGUCGGCAGUAGCGGUGGCGGCUCCACCAACCUAGCACUAGCUGUAGGGCUGCCGGCAGCGCUGGCGGCUGUAGGCAUAUUCGCGUGCGUAGCCGCCGCCGGCUUUGUGAUGGCGGCGCGGCGGCGGCGGCGCGAAGAGGCGGCGGCGGCGGCCGCUGCCCUCCUUAGCAAGAGCCGGGACGGUAGCAGUGCCGGCGGGGAGGUGGUUGGGGCGGCGGGCCCUGGAGGCAGCGGCAUGGGCCCUGGAGGACCGGCAGCAACCGGCGGCGCUGGCGGGGGUGGGCUUGGCCCAAGGGCCGCGCAGGCACGGCAGCUGCUGUCGCCGUUGGGCGUGCCGGCGUCCUCGCCGCACCCCUCCUCUAGCCAGCUGCCGAACGUGGGCUCCACUUCCGGCUCUAUGGCGGGCAGCCCCAGCGGUGCCGGUGGCGGUGGUGGUGGAGCUGGCGGUGGCGUUGGCGGUGGCGGGGGAGGCAUUGGGGGGCUGCUCAGCCCGCGUAGCCAAGUGCUGGCUGCAAAGGCGCGGCGGCUGCUGCGCACCGUCACCACGCUCAACCCGUUUGGGCGCAGCGGCCGCGGCGGCCGCCUAGCAGCGGGUGCGCCGGUAGCCGCAGCGGGUGCAGGGCCCGGCGCCGGCCGCCGGCCGCACCUGGCACCGCUGGCGGUCGCGGCCGUCGCCGCGGAGGCGGCGGCAGCAGCUGCACCAAGCCCGGGCGGCGGCCCCGGCGGCACACUGAGCUCGGGCUUCCUAGAUAGCGACGUGGAGGGGCCGCAAGGUGCUGCCGGCGCGGGCGGGGCCUUCCUGGACCCACCCGCGCACGCCGCCGCCAUCUUUACAACGGGCGGUGCCUUGCCCGUAGGCCGCGGCAGCAACACCCGGGACUCGCCCGCCGGCGGCGAGGGGCGCGGCAGCGGCGGCAGUGCGGCGGGCAGCGCAGCCGGCGGCGGGUCUGCGGCAGGCGGCGGGCACUACACGCCGUCGCCGCUUGGCAACUUGCGAGCCCUGUCGGAGCUGCUUGGGGUGCCGCUUCCGCCGCAGUUGCAGCCGGGCGGCCCCAGUGGCGGCGUGCUGGGCGGCGCGGCGACGCGGUCGCUACACACACGCAGCCUGGAUGGCUUGCCGGCGCACGUGGCUGCCGGUCGUGGGGCGUAAGGGCGCUAGCGCCUCAGGUGAG